UGAUUGGAUGCCCAUCUUGUAUUACCUUAUAAUACCGUGCUGCAAGCGCAUAGUGUAAAGAUAUAAUAAUCGUUACAUUUUUUUAUCUAUAUUAUGAUAAGUGUAAAUAUUGGAAAUUACUUUAUUUUGAAUAAACCAACAAAACAAUUUUGACAUUCUGUCAUUUCAAAACAUACGAAAUUGGAAAACAAAUUUUACCAUUGGAAAUUUCUGCUUCAAAAUGUCUGUAAAGGAACAAAGUAAUGACGCUGAAAACUAUGUGGAUACUUCUAUGGCUCCGAGGAAGAAUCGCAUCUUAAUGUAUAUCCAAUCCUACUGCAACGAUCCUUGAAGUGUAACAUCGAAAUCUAAGUGGAAAAUCUUUUUUUCACUGAUUUAUCAGAGGUUACAAGUUAGAGACGACAUCAAAACAGAUUGGUUUCACAAAAAUACCCGAAGAUGUUGCACAACCUUUACGGAAGUGUUAAUACAAAAUGAUCGUCAGACAAUUUGUUUACUGUAUGCAUCGUCUGUUGUAGCCGCCAGUCUUUCGAUUGCAGUUGCAUCAAUGCAGUACGCUGAAGAAGUUGACCAGCAAACAAUUACAGCUAGAUGGGGUAGACCAUUGUUUUCUAGUAGUCUUUAUGCCACCUGCUGCCUUCUUUUAAUCAUUAUGGCUUCUUAUUUCGAGUUUCAUCGACUGGAAACAUUUGAAGCAGUAUAUCGAGGCACUGGACCGGUACCAUUCAGUGUAAAAUUCUCCGUUAAAGGCGAAAAAGUUAACCUGUACUUGAGACUUGGACUGGCAAUGUUCGGUUUAAUGAGUAUUGGACAUGUAGCUGUAAAAUGGGUUGAAGAAGCGGAUAUCACUAACGCCUUGUUUAAUUUGUAUCUAAAGUCAAUACUGGAGAUGGCGUUUUAUGUUUUGCAAACAUUGUUUAUACUUAGAUACCACAGACUUGUCAUUCUACAAUACAAUGAAGUUAUGGGAGCUUGCCUUGUCCACCUACUGACUACUAAUUUAUGCAUAUGGGCUGAUGUAUCCGUCGGAAAAAUUGACAAAACUCUAUCCUAUGGUAACCAGAAGAAAAAUAGUGAACAGAUAUACAAUUACACUCACGUGAAUAUCGGAGACCUUGAUCACCACCAUUUGACAACAGUAACCGGUAGUGGUAUGAUUAAUUAUACUAUCCUGGAGAAUAAAACACACUUUUAUAAUUUAGUCGAUAUUUCCUUUUAUCUCCUACCCACGGUUAGUGAAUACUGUUUACUGGCUGCAGCACUCCUAUAUGAAAUUGUAAUGCGAAUCGGUCAGCCAACAUUCAUUGAAAUAGAAAGACCACAUGAGCCUAAAAAGAAUCAUAAAAUACUUCGAGAUUGCCGAGGAUGGAAUACAAGUUCAGGAUCAUGGUUUGGUAUUAUUACAGUACUGAUAAUUAUUGCAUUGACAACAUUGACAGUCUCUACACCAAAUCAUAUCGAUUUAAAGAAAAAUCUAUGGAAAUGCAUAAUUCUUCUAGCUGAAGAAGCUGUCUUAAGCUUUUUCGGAAUAUUAUUUGUUGUUAUGGCAUUUUACCAGACAAGACGUUUAAAAUUCAGUAUAGCAACAAGACAAAGUCGUGUUGAUGAAUUUCUUUUAUAUACAGCAUUCUUUUUUGCUGCUAACUAUACAAUAACAACGAUUAUACUAGCAGCCGACUUUGAAGCGAAAGGGAGGAGUACUUCCAACAUGGGCGAUGCUGGAAGACAUAUACUGAUUGGUCGUUGUUUAGUGAAUGCAUUUGAAUUCAUACAAAUGCUGUUGCAAACAUACUUUGUUCAAGACAGCUUCUACAGAUGCAGUGAUCGGAUUGAACAACAAAUUGUGAAACCUGGUAGACAAUCAAUUGUUGCUUUGCUAGGAAUAAACCUAGCCUUAUGGAUACAGAAAAGUUUUCAGAUGAAAAAUGCAGACAUAUUGUUUAUGCUAGAGACAAAUCGUGGGACGUAUGGUUGGAUAUUAUUUGUUGUAACAAUGCCUAUUAGCCUGUUCUAUAGAUAUCAUUGCACAGUAUGUCUGUCGCAGUGUUUCAAUAAAUUAUAUGAAGAUGAGACUCAACGUUUUGAAGAAAUGUGGCGUCAUCAAGUUGAUCCAUUUACCGAUAUUCUUGUUCGGUCAACUGACUCACUGAGCGAUUACGAACAUGAUGAGACACUGCUUAAACAAACUAAUGAAGUUCAGAUCAACACUGAAUGUGAAGAAAAACAAAAUCGCCGACUAGCCGUCUUCGCCAAAACCAAGCCUUGGCGAACAUUUGACCUGACCGAUGAAAGUGAUGGAGAAAGCAAAGUUCCCCUACCGAACCUUAAUCAUCAUGCCCACAACAACCUCCAAACAACUAGAAAUGGAACUGAUGUUACUACAGACAUCAACACCUGGAGCCACAAUGAUGAUAAUCGUUCGACUCCUCCUAAAGAGCGAAGACCUUCCUCAAAGAACUUAGAGAACCAAACUGAUGAUGAUCUUAAAAGUGAUAGCAUGAGACAGCCCUACUUUUAUAAUGAGGAGUGCCUUAAAUUCAAAGCAAGCGAAACCUGUGCAUCAGAAAUCGGUCAAACAGCUUCACAGAAAGGUGAUGACUAUUUGAACAGAUGUCAUAUGGGUUCCGAAAGAAACAGCUAUACUGGUUUGUCUAGCCGCAGAUAUUCUUUAGUGAUCUUACCAUCAUGCCAGCAUUCAGACAAGAAUGAGGAACUUAACUCAGUUACUGUCGAUAGCAAAACGUUCAAUAAAAAUCUUCAUGAACAACUAUCAGGUGUCAGACAAAUCCCAGAACGCAGACAGAUUAGACGUCGUAGAACUUUAAAAAAUCUAGAGACUGCUAAACAUAGGGUUUUGGCAGCAGAAUUAGCUCAUCGAAUGGUUAUUGAACGCACCAGUGGAGCAUCACCGACUGCAUUUAGUAAUGAUCCAAUUUCAGCUUUGUUAGAUAAUCCUAAUCAAUUUUCUCCUGAAUUUAAAAGUUCUCGAUCUACCAUAGCCAAUUUAUGUAAACCUUCAGAUACUACCGAAUAUUCUCCAAAAGUCACAAGUGUACAUGGACCAACGCGAGAAUUUCGUAUAGCAAAAGCAGUUACCGAGACAGCUGCAAUCACUAUUGCUCCAGUUGAGUCAAAAAUUGCAGCCAAUAUACCACUCAUAACUCUAAAUCAAUGUUCAGAACCACCUAACAAAGAUAACAGUUUGAGUCCAAAAGGUCAUCUAUCGAUGUUGCAUUUUCACCACAGGAGAAGUGCUGCCAAUAUUAAUCGUGUCUCAGAUGUCUUAAAAACUAAAGAUGAAUUCAAAAAGCAUUCGCUGAAACGGCGUUCUUUUAGAGAAACAAACUGGUCUUCAAGAAUCGGCUUACGCAAAUCUUCUAAAAGCUUUAUUUCUGGUUCGUCAACGCCUCAAUCAAAUCAUUCUCGUAGAGACUCAAAAUCCGGACAAGAUAAUUCGCACGAAAUCUCUAGCGAUAAUUUAGCGACCACAAAAUCUGACCAGUCUAAUGAUAAAAAUACGAACACUGUUAUCCUGAGCUCAUAUCUUGAAGUACCCAGUCCCGCACCAGUUCCACCAAAAAGUGAAUAAGUAGAUCUCUUUAAUCAGUGCAACUGUUUUCUUUGAUCAUUCCCUUCUUCCUCCCUUUAUUCUUCGUCAUAUUCACCAAUUUCAGACGAUUAGAACAUCAUGGGUACUUCUUUAAUUAGAAUUCAUACUAUCUCAUUAAUAAGUACAGAUGAAAGAGGCAACUCAGGUAUUUCAAUUUUGAUGGCUAGCAGAUAAUAUCUUGUGUAUAUCAUACACAUAUACAUAUACGUAAAUCUAUACACUAACCGUUUAUCCAUAUCAUUGUAUAAAUGUGCAUAUGUCAGUAUUUUAUCUCGUAUUAAUUUGAUUCAUUAUUUCUUUCCUCUGAUGUUAAAGUGAAAUAUUUUUCAUCUUAUAUACUUGAUACAGAUAAUUUUAGUUGCAUAAUAAUAAUAAUAAAAACAGAAUACAAAACUCAUUGGAUAGAAGGUUUAGAACUUUGUUUUAAUGUCCUUAUUUACAUUUUAUACGUCUACAAAUAUUUGAAGAACUACCUGAGGAAAAGAUUCAGUUUAUGAAAAGGAAUGCUUGACUAAGAGUGAAAUGCCCCGUUAUUUUCAUUAGUACUUUGUAGUUGAUGUUAAAUUUCACUUCAAAGGUAGGAAUCUUCGCAUUCAGACACUGCCUUUGAUAUUCCUCGGUAUUGUAUACUUAUAAACUUCGGAAAACCCAUAUUUCACGUGGUACUAAGAUCACAGAAUGUAUGAUUAGGUUUCUGAAGCUACUUCUAACUAUUUUCUGAUGGGAUACAAGUAAUUAUCACAUAAUAACCUGUUUAGUCCUGGAGUUCUCUUUGCCAGUUAAUUUGGUCUGUAAUACAUUGUCUUUCACAAACUCAUCAGUUAUUAUUCAUCACUUGGAGUGAAGACUUUAGAUUGUUAAUUUGUGAAAACUUAUUUUAUUCAAACAGUAAACAUUCGCACCUUAAUUAAUUGGGUGUUCUGGAAGUUUUAUUGAUUUUUGAGUUACAUUUUUUAUUUACUAUAUGCAUGAAUUUAAGGGAUAAUCUAUGGCACACUUUUACGAAGGAAAAUAAGGACCUAAACUGUGAAAGCAAUAAAACUAUAGGA